CCACAGUCACCGUGAACUCAGCCGAGGACCUUUCGUUCUUCGAGAAGUCCGUUUGGAAAUACAGUAGGACGAGAGUAGCGUCAAAAACAGGACUGCUGUUCACUGAUAGUAUAUAGCAACACCGCGGUCAAUAUCACCCACCCCCACGUAGAUCCCACUACCCCGAAGAAGCGCCCACAAUGAAAAAGAAGGUGCUCCUGAUGGGCAAAAGCGGGUCCGGCAAGACCUCCAUGCGUUCCAUUAUCUUCGCCAACUACAUCGCCCGCGACACCCGCCGGCUCGGCGCCACCAUCGACGUCGAGCAUUCCAACGUCCGUUUCCUCGGCAACCUCGUCCUCAAUCUCUGGGACUGCGGCGGGCAAGAAGUCUUUAUGGAGAACUACAUUGCCGCCCAACGCGACCACAUCUUCCGCAACGUCGAGGUCCUCAUCUACGUGUUUGACGUCGAGUCGCGCGAGUACGAGAAGGACAUGCACUACUAUCAGUCCUGCCUCGACGCCAUCUUACGAAACAGCAAAGACGCGAAAGUCUUUUGUCUCGUCCACAAGAUGGAUCUCGUGCAGGAGGACCAGCGCGCGGCCGUGUUUGCCGAGCGCGAGACGGAUCUGAAGAGGAGGUCGUUGCCGCUGCAUAUCACCGCGUUUGCGACGAGUAUCUGGGACGAGACGCUGUAUAAGGCCUGGUCGUCGAUCGUGUACUCGUUGAUCCCAAAUGUCCGCCUGCUGGAGGAACAUCUGAAGGCGUUCAGUGCCGUGUGUGAGGCCGAUGAGGUUGUGUUGUUUGAGAGGACGACGUUUUUGGUCAUCUCGCAUGCGACGCAGACCCCGCAUCCUGAUAUCCACCGCUUUGAGAAGGUGUCGAAUAUCAUCAAGCAGUUUAAGCUGAGUUGCAGCAAAUCACAAGCCCAAUUCUCAUGCAUGGAAGUAAAAUCCACCACCUUCGCCGCCUACAUCGACGUCCUGACGCCCAACACCUACGUCCUCGUCAUCACAUCCGACCCUUCCAUCCAAUCAGCCGUAACGCAAAUCAACAUCAACGCCGCCCGACCGCAUUUCCAGAAAAUCGAGCAGGGCCAGUUUGCGAGGCAGUACUAGAAAAAAUCACACAUUCACCUAACGCCAAGGUCAUGCGGCAUUCCCAUCACCCGCUAUAUUCCCUCUCCGCACCAAGU